UCUUCGUCGGGACUCUCAUUUUCUACGCUUGCACAGCUGUCGUGUGUAACCAGAGAGCCUGUAGUAGCAGGUAGGUGUCGUGACUCGUGAAGGUGGAGGAGAGGAGGGCAGACGGAUUGUUUUACAGGAUGACUGCCUCCCAUUUUCAGCAGUUCAACGAUGGAACUUGAAAAGAGAAGGACCUGUUACGACAAUAUAUGAAGGGGACAACAGACAAAAACAGUCUGACAGGAGAGAAGUGGAGCUGACAGCCUUUCCAGCUUAAUCAAAAUGCCUUUUUAUGGACUAUUCGCUGAUUUUUUAAUAUUUUUAUAACACUUUUUUAACACAAAUUCACUGAAAUUGAUUACCGGUGACAUGAUCUUAUCAUGACGAAUCCGCUGGUCACCCGAAUAGACUGUUCUCCGAGGAGCGCGUGCGUAAUGGAAUUCUUUUGUAGAAAGAAAAAGAAUUUUAGAGCUGCGGUGAGCCUUACUUUGAUUUUUGCCACUUUACUGAUGCUUCAGAAAUUAAUAACAGUGGACCCGAAUAUUAAAGAUGUCAACGUGAAAAACAAAUGGUGUGGACCCAAAUGUUCGUCAUUCAAAAGAAAAAGCAUAAAGGCCGUUGGAAAUGCAUCUCAAUCACGCGGGAAUGACUUGGCGCAGGUGGGAAAACCCAUGCCAAAACAAUGGGACGUGGCUAGAAUCAAAUGUAGUGAAAAUUCCACGAUAAAGACUCAAGCCUGGUUUCGUCGUUUGAACCCAAGGUUCCGCGAAUUUGUCCUACACAGACAUUGCAGAUACUUCCCAAUGUUGCUGAAUCACCCCGAGAAGUGUAGCGGUGACGUGGAUGUUCUUGUCGUGGUCAAAUCGGUUAUUGAAGAACAUGACCGACGAGAGGCCGUGCGACAGACCUGGGGAAAGGAGCAAGAAAUCCAGGGCUUGAAAAUUAAAACGCUGUUUCUUUUAGGAACUCCGGCCACUGGCAAAGACGGGCGAAAUUUACAAGCCCUGGUCCAAUAUGAAGACCGAACUUACGGGGACAUCUUGCAGUGGGACUUCAUGGACACCUUCUUCAAUCUCACUUUAAAGGAGGUGAACUUUCUGAGGUGGUUCAACAUCUACUGCAGUGGGGUUCCCUUCAUCUUCAAAGGGGACGAUGAUGUGUUUGUCCACACCAAGAACCUCGUGGAACUAAUUGGCUUUAGGGUGGAGGAGAACAGGGUGGAAAACCUCAUUGUAGGGGAUACUAUUUUUGAAGCUAAACCGAUCAGAAACCACCAGAGUAAAUAUUUCAUUCCCAAAGAGUUGUAUGAUACGCGCUAUCCACCUUAUUUGGGUGGGGGAGGAUUUCUAAUGUCCUCUCAGGUGGCUCGCAGGCUCUUCGUGGUUUCGGAGAGCGUGGAGCUUUACCCCAUUGAUGAUGUGUUUUUGGGCAUGUGCCUUCAGAAGCUGCAGAUCGUGCCCGAGCUGCAUCUGGGCUUCAGGACAUUCGGGAUCAUAAAGCGCAAAGUGACGCCGCUGAACCGGGAGCCGUGCUUUUUCCGCAACCUCAUCGUGGUGCACAAACUCGUCCCGCAGGAGCUGAUGCGCAUGUGGAAUCUUGUACAAAACGAGUACUUGAUCUGCGCCAGACACGUCGUAAUAGACUAGCUAUUUACAAAGACAGAAAGUAGAUAAUCUUUCAAAUGACGCGUGUUUGCAGAUCUAACCUUUCUUUUUGUAAGUUUUCUAAGCGACGAUGACGACUACUUGUGUUAUCAAUUGUCAAAUGUAAUAAAUCACAAGUUAUUAUCGUCUUCCAAUUCA